AUGAUCGAAAACUGUACUCUGUCGCCGCUUGUCAAGGAGUUUCCUCAUACAACCCCUCAGUUAAACCAUCUGGUUAAUCACGACAGUUCCGUUCUCGCCCUCGCCGUUAGCCAUGACAGCAUCUUUGUCGGCACUCAGGAUGGCGAGAUUGUUGUAUGGGCACUGGGAACCUUUGAGGAAAAGUAUCGAGUACAGGCGCACAAACGUAGCAUCAUGUGCUUGUUCCUAUCAGAUGAUGAUUCUCUUCUCUGCUCGAGCGCGACUGACCCAAUCGUCAACGUCUGGGAGGCCCACAUGAUGACUCGUCUCUACGAGAUUUACAGCCCUCACGACUCAUUCGGCGACAUCUUCUCCGUUGCGUACUCUUCCCAGCAUGACACGAUAUACUUUGGCUCCCAAAACACCACAAUCCAGUGGUGCUCGCUGAGGGAUCCGCAGCGAAUAGUGCGGCAGGAUUCGUCAAGCCACCCCGAUCGUCGAAAUCACCGAUUCUUCGACUCUCGGGGCGUAACGGGCGGCAGUAUACCGCGGUCUACGGAUGAGCGAUAUACAUUGGUCCCACGAGCACAAACAGUUCUUGAAACUGACCGGAGAGCUUGCACAUUUUACGCUCACUACGGCUAUGUUUUCUGCAUGAUCUUGACACAAGGAGCUACAGAUCUCGUGGAGCCUGAGGACGAUGUUUUGAUCUCAGGUGGUGGCGAUGGAACGAUUAAGGUGUGGCGACUGGGUGGGCAGGGCAUUGGUCCACACGGGAUGCACAAUGGUCUUGAGGAACUUAUGGCUCUCGGAGAAGACGAUGGAGAGUCAGUCAUGUCGCUUGCCAUUGAUGGUUCAACCCUGUGCAGCGGCAAGCUCGACGGUAUUAUCGAGUUUUGGGAUCUGAACACCAAGCAGAAGCUUCGUGUUGUAAAGGCUCAUGCGAGUGAUGUCACAUCAUUACACAUCGGUUGUGGUUACCUGUGGAGUGCCUCAUAUGAUGGCACCGCAAGCAAACACAACAUUGCGCACCAUGAUGACUACGGGCCUGGCUCAUUAGAGAGUUCUGGGCAUGCUUACCAACCCCUCACGCAAUUCAGAGCUCAUGAGGGUAAGGUUUUAGCCACAGCCAUUGCGAGUUAUCAGGACCACCAACUCUACAUCACCGGAGCGAAUGACAACAAUGUGGCCGUUUGGGAGGUCAAAGAUCGCCCGCUUUCUGAGCACCGUUCGUCGGAGCAGAAGGAAGACGAGAUGAUAGCCUCCCUUGGCGAGUUUAUGUCGCAUAAAACAAUCUCUUCAAGCCAAGAAUCUGCCCAAGAUUUCCGACGAGGGGCUGGGUUUCUUUACAACUUGUUCCGCUUGCAAGGGGCCACAGUUGACAUGCUCGUUACAGAUAACCGACAACACCAGCCGGUUGUGUUUGCGAAGUUUAAUGGUAGUCUCGGGCCGCCUGAGAAACGAAAGAGAAUUCUCUUUUAUGGCCAUUACGACGUGGCGGCGACAAUGGCAGAUGACAAAACGGACAUUGAAAGUGCUGAUCCCUUCCAGCUUCGAGGCAUGAAUGGGUAUCUGUACGGGAAAGGUGUGAGCACCAAUAAAGGACCCAUCAUAUCCGCCUUGUAUGCUGUUAAAGAUCUCAUGGAGACGAAAGAGCUGUAUUCAGACAUUAUUUUCUUGAUUGCGGGCGAUGAAACAACCGGUUCUCGAGGGUUUCGGGAGAUUGUACAACGGAACAAGGCCAAGAUUGGUCACAUUGACUACAUCCUCCUCAGCAAUGGCUACUGGCUUGACGAUAAGACCCCUUGUCUGACGUACGGUCUCCGAGGAGUUCUCCACGCCACUGUCUGCGUCUCCUCCAAAACUUACAAUCUUCACUCAGGUGUCAACGGUUCGUAUAUAGCUACUGAACCGUGGACAGAUCUAAUGUUGGUCUUGUCGAAUUUGAAAGGGCCGCAUAACAAGAUUUUGUUACCCGGUUUCUAUGACGGCAUUCUGCCACUCACCCGCGCCGAAGAGACUCGAUAUGACAAAAUCACCCUCCUGCUUUCUUCAAAGAGCCGUGAUGCGGCAAAUCUGAAAACUUCUCUUAUAGCCAACGGACAAGAACCAAGCUUGACUAUUCAUGAUUUCAAAUUGUCACGGCCCCAGAACAGCUUAGGCCGUAGCCACGCAUGUGCACACAUCAGCUUUGAACUAGUGCCGGGUCAAGAGGUCGACGAGGUAGCCAGAGCGCUGAAAGUUUACCUCGAAAAGAAGUUCCACACUCUGGAAAGCGACAAUCAACUAUCAUUGCAGACUGACAUCGUAAAAGAGCCUUGGUUGGGAGACCCUAGCAGUCACAUAUUCCAAACCCUCGAAGGUGCUGUGCUUGACGUCUGGGAUUCCACUUUUGAUCACCAGCUUGGAGUCGCAAAUGGAGACGAUCUUCGUGUUCUUGAUGCUGGCAACUUUAAGCUUAACGGAGGCUAUACACAAGAAUUCUACAAGGGCAAUGGAAACUACCGAAAAUCUACAAAGCCGCUAUACAUUAGAGGGGAUGGAUCCAUUGCAGCGACUCGAUUUCUCGAGAAGGAGUUCAACGCUCCCGCUGCACACCUCCCUUGCGGCCAGGCGAGUGAUGGAGAACACUCGGGCACUGAACGAAUCAGGGUUCUUAAUCUGUUCAAGAGUCGAGAGAUCUUGAGCCAUGUUUUCCAGAAGCUUUAA